UCUGCUGGUGCCCCCUCCCUCCCAGAGAGUGAGACACCGAGACAGACACCUUUACAGGCUGACUGCCGAGCUCACUGAGGCCAAAGCAGCAGAAGGCCACAUCCAUGGACGCCCAUCAAGCGCUGCUGACUACCGCAUACCUGCUGGGAACACUGGUUGCUUUCUGCCAUGGACAGUCCCAAGGGGGUGAUUCAGGUCUCCAGGUGACACUAAGUGGCUCCAACUCCAAGUGUCAGGGUAUGCUGGAGGUCCAGAGGGGCAGCGUGAGGAGCACUGUGUGCAGUUCCAGUUGGGGCUGGAGCCAGGACCACUGGAGAAUCCCCCAGGAGGCCUCUGCACUGUGCCAGCGGCUGGGAUGCAGCGCUGCCUUGGUCUUCCACCACGUGUCUUCAUGGAACACACCCCAGAAUCAGGUCCUCUGCCAUGGACCCCCGUUGUCUUUCUCCAACUGCAGCAGCAAAAGUUCACCAGCCAGGUGCCCUCCACUGAGCCUGAUCUGCCAAGAGCCCCAGAAGACGACACCUCCACCCACAACUACCCCACCCACCACCACGCCAGAGCCCACAGCUCCGCCCAGAGUGCAGCUGGUGCCAGGACACAGGAGCCUGAGGUGCGCGGGUGUGGUGGAAUUCUACAACGGCAGCAGAGGUGGCACCAUCCUCUACAAGGCCAAGGACAGGCCCCUGGGCCUGGGGAACCUCAUCUGUGAUGCUCUGCAGUGCGGAUCUUUCUUGGCACAUAUGUCAGAGCCAGAGGCGGCAGGAACACCAGCUCCUGAAGAGCUGACAGACCCCAAACCCUUGCCAAUUCGAUGGGAGGCACGGAAUGCGAGCUGUGCCUCGAUGCGGCAGUGCUUCCAGAAAAUGUCGCCCCAGGAGGGCGGCCAGGCGCUGUCGGUCAUCUGCUCCGAUUUCCAGCCCAAGGUUCAGAGCCGCCUGGUGGGGGGCAGCGGCGUGUGUGAGGGCAUCGCUGAGGUGCGCCAGGGAUCACAAUGGACUGCCCUGUGCGACAGUUCUGUGGCCAGGGGUCCGGCACGGUGGGAGGAGCUGUGUCAGGAGCAGCAAUGUGGCGACCUCAUCUCCUUCCAUGCGCUGGAUGCUGACAAGACCUCCCCGGGGCUCGUCUGUACCCAGGAAAAGCUGUCUCGGUGUUACCAGCUUCAGAAAAAAAAACCCUGCAAGAGGGUGUUCGUCACAUGCCAAGACCCAAACCCAGCGGGCCUGGCCGCAGGCACUGUGGCCAGCAUCAUCUUGAGCCUUGUACUCCUGGUGGUGCUGCUGGUCAUGUGCGGGCCUCUGAUCUACAGGAAGCUGGUGAAGAAAGUCCGUCAGAAGAAGCAGCGUCAGUGGAUUGGUCCCACCGGAGUGAACCAGAGCAUGUCUUUCCAUCGCAGCCACACGGCAACUGUCCGGUCCCAGGUUGAGAACCCAACAGCCUCUCAUGUGGACAACGAAUACAGCCAGCCUCCCAGGAACUCCCACCUGUCUGCUUAUCCAGCUCUGGAAGGGCCCUUCACCGCUCUUCCACCCAGCCUGACAACUCCUCUGACAGCGACUACGACCUGCACGUGGCGCAGAGACUGUAAAAGAAUGUGGAACCAGCAACAAAAGGCCAAGUAGGUCCCCUCUGUCCUGAGGAACCAUUUACACUUGGAGUGCCACCCCUAUUUCCACUGCAGCCAGAACUUGGACAGAGGCCAAGGUCCUUUGGAAAAGACCCUGGGCCCUGCAAUGUCAGACCAGCUCCUAUAUCCUCCCAGACCGUGACAGCCCGGCUGCCUCCUCCAAGUGCCAACACUCAACAGAGCCUAGAAGCAGCCAGUCCUUCCAACCAAAGACUCCAGUAUCCAGAGGAGUUGCCAUCCUUUGGGGAGCAGGGACCAGUGGAGUCGGCUUUCUCUCAGACUCCGACGCCGUGAAAGAAUGACGGACGAGGCAGUGCACACCUGCGUGGGAGUUUAUUUCUCAAGUGUAAUUUUAAUAUAUUCUUUGUAAAUAA